AUGAUUAUAAUUACCAAAAAAACAGUUCCUGAAAUUUCCUUAUGUAUGAAGGCACUCUGAAAAUCAACCACCAAACCACCAGAACCAAUGGGAAGCAUUUAGAAUGGGAAUUUUGCUUGAAGCUGUUGUCUCCAACCAAACCAUUCUAAUUCUUAAUGAUGAAAAACAUACUAAUUUGUAUCCAUUUUAUGGAAUUAAAUUUGAUGAACCGUCCAUUGCAAGACUACAUUACUUUCUAUAAAAACAUAUAAAAAUGAAAAUGCUGUAUAUAAUAUAUGCUUCAUCUAAUUACAUUUCUUAAGUAAAUUAAAACUCCAAAGUAAAGCAACCGUAAUUAAUUACUUAAAUGUUAACAUAUUACAAUCAAAUCCCAUUUGGUUUUGAAUUUUUUGUUUUCAAAUCUCUCCUACUGGGGACCAGAAAGCAACAUUAACAUUAAUGGAGAAAUAGGCUCUUCAUGAGUUGAAGCAAGUAUCAAUAAUCAUUUCUUCCUCUUUUACACGCAUAUAAACUAUAAACUUACCGCGCUGAUGCUGCUUCUUCUAACCUCCACAAAAAAUUCUGGGUUGGUUAAAAACUCUGAUGGACUUAACCUUCACCCACCAACAACAUACUGAACCGAUUCCACUUACAAAUCUUUCCCCCACCCCCUCCGUUUGCUUCAACCCUUUUUCCAAUUUGGGCAACUGGGUUUCCAAGUCCGCUCGAAAACUCUGCCACAGGCCUCGAUUCUCAUCUGGGUUUUGCUGCAGAGGGCUGGAAUACAGGGGAAUGGUCGUGAAUAACUCUGCGUUUUUGGAAGUUGUUGCUAUGGAAAUUGAAGUAAAAGAAGAGAAGUGCGAUGUGUUUGAUGAAAAGACUGCCUCAAUUUCAAGUUCUGAUUUGUUGAAACCUGUGGAAACAGAGGAGGUGGAGGAACGGAGUUUGAAAGAUGAAGAGUCGUCGUCGUCGUCGUCUUCUUCUUCUUCCUCUUCCUCUUCCUCUUCCUCUUCCUCUUCCUCUUCCUCUUCUUCAACAUCAGCAGCUUCAAUGGGAUGGCCUCUUCACGAAACGGUGGUUGAAGGUGAAGAAGACAGAGUGGUGGAGAGGGAAGUGUCAACAGACUCAGAAACAGAGAUGAUGAAAGAGAGGUUUUCAAAGCUGUUGCUGGGUGAAGAUAUGUCAGGGAGUGGAAAUGGAGUCUGUACUGCUUUGGCUAUAUCCAAUGCCAUUACCAAUCUCUGUGGCAGUGUAUUUGGACAGUUAUGGAGAUUAGAACCUUUGGAAGCAGAGAGAAAAGCAAUGUGGGGAAGAGAGAUGGAAUUUUUGCUUUGUGUUAGCAAUCACAUCGUUGAACUGAUUCCCAUUUGGCAGACAUUCCCAGAUGGAACCAAGCUUGAGAUCAUGACUUGCCGCCCCCGUUCAGAUCUUUACGUCAAUCUCCCAGCUCUUCGCAAACUAGACCACAUGCUCCUCGAUAUCUUGGACAGUUUUGUUGAUUCUGAGUUCUGCUACAUUGAUCAAGGGAUACUUGCCACGGAUCAAACCGAUGCCUCUUCCUCUUUCCGUAAACUUCUCGAGCGCCAAGACGACAAAUGGUGGCUCCCUAUUCCAAGAGUUCCUAAUGGAGGCCUCUCUGAAGCUUCAACAAGGCACCUACAACACAAGCGAGACUGCACGAAUCAAAUUCUUAAAGCUGCCAUGGCCAUCAACUCUGUUACUUUAGCUGACAUGGACGUCCCCAUUUCAUAUUUGGAAGGUCUUCCAAAAAAUGGAAGAGCUAGCUUGGGAGAAGCGAUUUACAAGUACAUUUCUUCAGAUGAAUUUUCCCCUGCUUUGUUAUUGGAAUGUCUAGACAUAUCUUCUGAACACCAAGCCAUAGAAAUAGCCAACCGAGUUGAGAGCGCAAUGUAUGCAUGGCGCACCAAAGGAAUAGCCUCCAAUAAUUCAAAAUCGUCUUGGGAAAUGCUUAAAGAACUGAUGAUCGAUGCAGACAAGAGCGAAGUAUUAGCUGAAAGAGCAGAAUUAGUACUUCUUUGCCUCAAGCAACAGUUUCCUAAUCUCCCUCAAACAAGCCUAGACAUGAGCAAAAUCCAAUACAACAAGGAUGUCGGGAAAGCUAUACUAGAGAGCUAUUCAAGAGUGCUGGAGAGCUUGGCUUAUAACAUUGUGGCACGUAUUGAAGAUCUGCUUUAUGUGAAUGAAUUGACGAAGCAUUCAGAUCAAAUUCCUGGGAUUUCCCAACUGGGAAUUGUUGCUCAUAAUAGCAGUAAUCGAAUACAUAUCUCGAUGCCAUUUUCCACUUCUCCUUACAACACGAAUUUCAUAAAACCCAGUUUUUCGUCUGUGGAUCUUGUUGGAACCAGAUCGCCCAUACCCAAACCUCCGCAAUGUGGUCUUGAAGAAUCAGAAAAAUCUGACUAAUUACAAAGUUCUCUGUAGAAUAACACAAUACAAAGAUUCAAAGGAAAGCAUACUUCGUCUGCUGUAAAUUUGGAUUUUCAAUAUUGGUUUAAGAAAUAUAGUUAUGAUUAAAGUAUAUGCACCUUUCAAUUUCAAAGAUGUCGUUGUAGUAUAGUGGUAAGUAUUCCCGCCUGUCACGCGGGUGACCCGGGUUCGAUCCCCGGCAACGGCGUUUUAUAAAAAUUCCUUUCUUUUUUCUAUACUUCCAACAAGUUAUAGGAGACGGGUUCGAUUCUGUCAAGUCCCAAUGUUUAAAAUGUUAAUGGGUGAGACGACAUCUGUUCACUUUAUUUUUUGAAGUAUUUAAUCUAAAUUACACUUUAAAGGA